AUGUCUCUACCAUCUGAGACGUUGUCGCAGAUAUUCAGCCUUCUGCCGAAGAGCUCGUUGAAGGCGAUACGACUAGCCUGCAAAAUCUUUUACGACACGGCGACACCAUUACUCUUUGACAGCAUCUUCGUCUCAGCCCGCCAUUCAGAUCGCGAAAUCACCGACUUGGUCGCUACGAGAUUCCCCAAUUCUAUCAAAACGCUCACUUUUUCGACGGAAUGUUAUUUCGAUAUGACAUGGCCGGAGUUCUCUUCCCAAAUAGACAUCCUACCAAGAACCUCAAAAUGUCAAAAUCCCACCGUUCAUCUCAAACAGGCUAAACGUUGCUGGGAACUACACUGCAAGCUUGGAUUGGAGCGGCAGAGACUGUACGAGAGCGGCGCCGUGCAUGUGCAGCUUUGCCAUCUUUUGAAUACGUUGCCCAGCCUUUGCCGGAUCGUCAUCACAGACAGGAGACGUCGACAAGAUCUCUCAUGGCUUCAAGAGGCUUUGAUGGGCGAAAUACUACAACGUCUUCCUCCACCGGCAACUCUCCGCCAUGCCUUGGCUGAUCUGCAGUUAUUGCGCGAACAAACUCCAACUCAUUCUCCUAGGAGCUACAGAGAUUUCUGGAAGUGGCUUCGAUCAAGUCUUAAGAGCGAAGAUGCACAAGCUCUAGCACAGAUGCAGGCAGUUCAUUCUGUCGGCUGCGACCACUUUGCUCAGGAGCCACCGUAUCCCGGGCUCUGUGAGGCAGGGUCGCAGCACAUGCCGCAGAACCCAUGGGCGGAGAUCAUGACAGCAUUGCACAAUUCUUCGAAUGUCUCAGUUCACACGAUCUCCAUUGAGCCAAGGGACGCCAAUUGCGGUCUACCCUUUGUAGCAGUCCAGGCCUGUGGCCCUCACAUGUUCCUCUCAACCACCAGGGUACUGGCACACUUGACGAAGUUGGAGCUGUGCAUGGACAAUGCUGUGAAUUUCGUGAAACCAAAAAAGUUUGCGCUCUUGAAGAUGUCUCAGGCGUUACAACAUCCCACCAAGAUGUUGUCCGCGGCCUCCAACCUACAGUCUCUCACCCUUGGCUUCGUACGUGCCGGACGGCCCUCUGACUUAUACGGAACGUCCGAGGAGUUCCGCACCGGCUUCGGGAUGCUACUAGGCGGCUGCCAGCUACCCCUGCUCUCCACGCUGCGCCUUCGGAAUAUCACGUUCUGGGAAGACGAUUUCUGUGCCUUCCUCCGAAGCUCGCCAGACCUACGCGACCUAUCUCUACAAGGCUUCUUCAUGGAGGAGCAAGGGUUGUUUCGGGGGCUCCCAUACGCGCAUCCCCGAGCCUGGGAGCGCCUAAUGGAUACCAUGAAGGAUACUUUGCACCGCUUAGAUAGCUUCCACAUAAGCGAAAGGCAGCUCUGUAGAAUUGAGCAUAGAGCCGAGCGGUUGGGGGCGAUGCCAGGUUUUGAUGCGAUGCCAGGUUUCCAUGUGAUGGUUCAAGACUUCCUGUUCAGUGAGGGUAUCAAUCCUUAUGCGGGAAUGGUAGGGUAA